UUGUGCGGAACUUAUAUCAUGGCGGACUUUGGAGAUUCCCUGUUUCAGUUGCUAGUCUUGAAAAGUGAUAAUCAUCAAGGAGAAUAUUAGAUUAAAAAUCACUGACGCCUACUUUAUCAUCAUUAUGAAAACCUGACAUUUGCUUCUUGUUAUGAGUGAAGUAUUGAAUGUUGAAAGCGUCAAAUCUCCAGAUAAAGAUGCCAAAAGUAAUGGCACUGGCAACGCUGGAGACGGACGAGAUCAAAAUCCACCAGCAAACAGAGCUGUUGAUCGUCGUGGUCGAGGUGAAGGAUUUUAUUCAUCUGAAAACAGAUCAAAACAGUCAUCAAUGAGAAACGAUAUAUCAUCUCGAGAUGAAAGAAAUCACUCUUAUUCAGGUAGAGAUGGAUAUAGAACUAAAGAGAAACCCCGGAGAAGUUCAAGUAGAGGAAACACCAAAGUCAGUAAUUUGAGUAAUUCUACAACUGCUAGCAAUAACUCCAUAAAUGACAGUAGCACUGGAAGUAACGGAAGCAUUUCAAGUUACAGUAAUAGAGUCAGAAGAGCAGAGGAAAUGGAUAGAAGAGGUCAAAACAGCAUUAACCGACCUGGAAGGCGAACUGAGGAGCCAUUAGCACGCUCACGAAUCCAGGGACCCCCACCACCGUCAAACUCAAGUUUUGAUAAAAAAGCAGGUGACGGAAAGGAUUUGAACAAAGGUUAUGUUGAAGACCCACUUAUAAAACUAAUGAAAAGGAUUACCCGUGUGGGUUUUGAAAGAGAUCGUCGAAUAACUUCAGCCCGUCAGUUGAAAGAUUACCUACAUGGACCGGAAGUUAAGACCACCAAGACAACAAAACAGAUUUAUGAUGCAAUUCACUGCUUACAGAAUGUUCUAUUUGAAAGAAGUGGAAAAGAGCUUAAGCAGGAAGUUGCAAUUUGCAUAGGCAUGUUAGGGAGCUUUCUGGGACAAGAAAUUCCAAGAUUCUUUGAGUGGGUGUUCUCCAAUGUCAACUCGUCUGAAACAGAUGUUAAAGUCUAUGUGUCAUUAGCACUCUUAGAGAUGCUGAAGCAAGAUGAAUCACAGCAAAGAGCCAGAGACUUUAUGACGGGUGUUAUGGGCAACAUUCAGCACAUGCUGGAAUCAGCAACAGUUCCAAGUCUUCUGAUGGUGGUAAUGGACAUCAUCAUUGUCAUAGCUAGAGUAUAUCCCCAUGUUUUCAGCUCUUGCUUCAGGGAGGUAUCAGACAUAGUUAUUGGCUGGCUAAUAGAUCCAACCCAGAAUAUUCAUCUAAUUGACCACAUGGCAGCAGCUCUAGUGCAGUUACAGCCAUUCUGGAAAUCAGACAUUGAGUUUUCAGUCAUGCUGCUUGGUCAGUUUACUGAAGACUUGGAAAUCAUGUUAGGACAGGAUUUGAACCAAGCAAUAGAGGGAUCAUCUGACUCUUCUGUUAAGACAGUGGCAGAGAAGAUCACAGCUCUGUUGCGAGUGUUCUAUACUGUGGUGCUUAGUCUAGGGGACUCCAUCAGCACUCUUAGAGGUGGACAAAUCACUGUGGGCUUUUUAGUUCAGCUCCUGAACAAGCUUUUAAGUGGACUUGGUCCUGCUGUAAAAUUGGGAAUUUCAGAAAACAUCACCAUUAUAAGCAAUGACAGUGCAAGACUGCUGCUGCAUCAGUUGUCUGCAGAAUAUGCAAUGACAUGCGGAGAGAUCAUUUUACCAUACAUCAUCUCACAGACUACAUCUCCCUGUGUCGCUUCAAAUUCUGUAGCUGUAUCAAUGCUGCGCUUGUUGAAAAAGAUUGUAGAGAUAUUCAGCACACAGCUCCCAGUGUCCUUUUUAAUGGAUUUACUUGGACCCAAUUCUGUACUGCCAGCAUAUCGGUUUUCUCAGUGUCCACAGGUUCUGAGUGAACUGAUGUCUGUCUACCAUUGUCUGCUGGCACUAAAAAGUGUUCCUUUACUGGAAGAGGCAUACAGAUUGGUCUUAAGUGACACUGAGGUGAGCUACAACAUCUUGCUGACAGCCAGCCAGCAGAAACCUCUGCAGUUGGUCAAUGGUGAAAACCUGUUCAAAAACACCAGCUACAGCCAAAGACAUGCACAGCAGGCCAUCAUGUUCAACAUAGGAGCUUUAACUGAAAUUGCCAAUACUAAGAGUAACCUGAUAGGGAUGUGGGCACUUUCCCCUAGUAUUUUCACCCUAAUGUCCUGCAAUCUUCUGUUGACUGACCCAUGGCUAAACAAGCACCAGGCUCAAGUUGUGUACACAGUUCUUCAUGCCUUCUAUUCUCAUUGUAACAGGCAUGCCAACUUCAUGUCCAGCAGUCAACUGUUGUCACCCCCCAGCCCCAUGGACAUUCCUAGGUUGGCAACAAACCAAAACUUUUCAGAAAUUCUUCGGAUCAUUGUAACACUGCUUGAUAGUGACAGCACCUCUUUUGACUGCAGGUGCCUGUUGAUGAAGUGGAGUUCAGAUAUCAUCGCAGCCUUGUCAUCCUCUCCUCACAUUUUCUCUGCCCCAGCACUCAGUGGAUUUGUCAAUAGUAUUACAAUGCAAGGUUACCACAGAGAGCAACAAAUUUUACAGUGCUCUGCACAGUGCCUUAAAUCAAUAUACAAAGUAACAACUGCUCUCUCAGACAAUGUUACCAAAAAGUGCAUGGAGCUUUGUGUGUACAGGCUGAGUGACACAAGAAAGAAUGUCCGCGAGUCUUUCCUCUCACUUGUGAAGAUUUUACCACUUGAUAAAAUUAUAAACAUGGACCUGUUUGAAGGAGAGGAAGAAUGGAUGUCCAGUGAAAGAAGGAACAAAGAAGUUGGUCUCUCAGCCUCCUGGCAUGUACGGAGGGCACACAUGGCACAUUCACCUACAGGCAACUUCCAUUCCCACAACUUCAGACAUGUGAUGGCUUAUAUACUUAAUGGAACCCAGCCCAGCCAAAAUGGCAGCUACCACUGGCUUGAGGCUAUGUUUCAUGUCAAGCAGAGAAAUGGAAAGGUCAAAGGUCCCAGUGACAUGUCAGUCUGUCUUACUGACAUUAUUGACAGCAAUGAAUCAUUAUUGUGGUUUUGGGCCACUUGGGAAUGUGCUCAAUUUGCUAUUCUGUCACGCUUGCGCACACCCCUUGGCAAAGCCCCAGAAACUUUUAUGGCAAUUGAAGGUGUUAUCAAAGCAUUUGCAGCAGAGUCUCAAAACUUCAGUAACUUGGAUGAUUCAUUAGAAAGAAGAGAAAACAUCAGAGGAGAGAAAUUAGGUGAAUAUGUCUGCCUACAUCGUGUGCACCUGUUGAUGAACUUCAUGGAACACCUGGAUAAAUUACUGUACAAUGCCUAUGAAGGCUGCUCUGUUGCCAUGCCUGCAGUUCACAAGGUUGUCAAAACCUUUUUCCGUACCAACCGUAACACUUGCCAAGAGUGGUUGUCUAGGAUUCGCAUGGCGCUGCUUACCAUUGCUACACACUGUGGUAUGUGGGCUAUGGCAGUGCGUCAGGCCUUUGAGCUGCUCAGAGAUCUGGAGGAGUUUGGAUCCACCCAGAGCCCAGCCUUUGAACAAGCCCUUGUUUACCUUGUGCAAGCCUUAUGUGAACUGAAUGCCCCAGAGAGUAUAGUUGGGUUGUAUCAGCUGUUUAAAGAUACCACAGGGAGAUCCAUGACAUGGAUACUUGCUGCUGCAGAAAAGGCAAAUAAAAGGUAUGAGAAAGCAGCCACUGAGUUUCAAACUUCUCUGACCACACUGGUGAGUGGUGAGAGCAGUGAAGUCUCUGAUGACCUUGACCCUUUGAGCUCCCCUCAAGGUAGUCCUAGGCGCAAGGACAACUCUAAAACAGGAGGAAAAACUGCUCCUGCUUACCUACCCACUACAGUCAAUUUUCUAGCCAAUCAGGUAACUGACUGCUAUGUUAAGUUGAAUGAUUGGGCUUCCAUUAUUGAGUGGCAACAAAAAAUGUCCCAGCAACAGUGGCAGUUAGAUGGGGGUUCUUCAAGCAUCAAAAGCACAGUUGACAUCAACUACAUCAAGGCCUUAUCUGAGUUUGAACUGGGUAACUUGGAGAACAUGAAGCAAAACUUAGAGCUGGUGCCAGGGAUGAAUGUCUCAGAGGCCAACAGUCAACGCUCGGAAGGUUGUGGUGGUCCAUCUAGCUGGGACAUCAGGAGAGAGGAGGACCAGCUGCACAGGAUGUUUAUUAAAGCAUCAACUCAGCUGAUGGAGCCAACAGAUUCUCUUCAUAGAACAGAUACAGUUAGGUGCAUACAACAAGCUGAAAGAUUAGGGGAUGGACUGUUAAAGAUCUGUGCUAUGGAUUGGCCACCUGCCCUCCUUCCUGAUUGCCUUACUCAGCUGGCAUCACUGGUUGCACUCAGAAAACAAUUAGAUGAACGGAACAUCAAAACAAGCUUGGUGCCUUUGUCUAAAAACCUGGACCCUGGUGUGGAAGAUGAUCUGAGUGUGUACCACCAGCUGAUGAGAACCAUACACCUACAACAGAGGCUUUCUGCCCAUGACAAGUAUCAUGAUCUCUCUGGACAACUGUCCAGCAUCCAUUUGGCUGCAGCUACCAUAGCCAGAAAACAAGUGAAUGUUGCUACUGCUGAAGACAUCCUCCUUAGACAGGCCACCUCCAUUCUGGGGACACAUCCUGAAGAUUUGAUCACUGCCAUGACAAGCAUCAGGUCUAUGGCCAAAGCUGGCUGCACCAUGCAGAAAGAGAUGCUCAAGAUGCAGAGAGAAGGUGCCAAACUGCUGAGGACUAUAGGCAAACAGAGAAGCUCACUAGAUGUUCUAGCAGGAAGUGUUGUUGCAUCCAUUUGGUCAAUAGAUGACCCCUCCAACUGGAAUCAGGAUCAAGAAUGUGCUCAUCUCAAUGCUAAAUCUUUGCUGACUUUAGUCAAAUGGCUGCAGGCAGAUCCAAAGCUUUUGAGCUCUUUGACCAGUCAGAUUCCCCAAGUUGGAGUAAACAAUGACUCUAAUCCCCCUUCUUCACUAGUGAAGCAUUUAAAUACUCUUUUGGAGCUAGAGACUUCUGCUGUAAAAAGAGGCAAAGCUAGUUUGGUUUCAACAGGUACAUCAAUUGGAGAGAGCACAGUUCUACCAGAAACUGAAGGCGUGAUUGGCUCCUUGCUUCAUCUGAGCAGCAUUCAGAGCCCAAUACUGGCCAAAUCUUGGUUCACACUUGCCGGUUGGUGCUACAAGUGGGGAAGGAAAGCUGUAGAUAAUGCCAGCAAUGGCUAUGUCUUGCUAACAGAAGAAGAAGAAGCACAAGUGUUGAAGAUUUUACCAAAGAGUACAAGCACAGAGGAAAAGGAGAAGGUUCUGGCAGUGUUGAGUCAGAUACACAACAUGGAGUCCAGUGAAGAAGAUAUCAUUGAUGAGGAUCAGAGCAUGUAUGAUGAUGGAACAGAGACCACUAGAAAGCAGCUACUGGCCUGUUCAAUGUCCCUGUCUGUAGCACCCGAUUCAUGUUUAGACAGAUUGCUCUCAGUAUGGAAGGGUGUGGUCAAGAGGGUGUACCACUAUUACCAGCUGUCUGCCAAAGCCUAUUUUACAUACUUGCACGUCAAUGGUUUGAGUGAUAAAAUAGACGACAAAGGAGGUAACAUAAUCUCCACUUUACGCUUGCUACGUCUACUUGUAAAGCAUGCCUCAGAGUUACGAGAAGUUUUAGAAACUGGAUUAUCACAGACCCCAACAUCGCCAUGGAAAGGAAUCAUCCCUCAACUGUUUUCACGUCUCAGUCAUCCUGAAAGCUAUGUAAGACAAAGCAUCUCUGAACUUCUCUGUCGUAUUGCCCAGGAUGCACCUCACUUGAUUGUAUACCCUGCAGUUGUUGGAAGCUCCUCAAAGAUACAAAUCAAACUGCCUGUACAAAAAGGUUUUCUGAAGCCAUUUUUGUCUCAAGACAAUGGUCAGGAUGAGAAUGAACUGUUGCCUGAAGUAGAAGACACCUUGGUGGACGAUGAUUUUGUGGAUGAGAGCUCCAGUCCUGAACUACAGGCUUGCUUGUCAUCUAUAGUGGAAACUUUGUCCAAACUUAAUCCACAAAUGAUAGGUGAGGUGCAGCUGAUGGUCCAGGAACUGCGUCGGAUCACCCUGCUGUGGGAGGAACUCUGGCUGGGGACACUGAACCAGCAUCAAGCUGAUGUACACAGAAGACUUGCCCAGCUCAAUGCCGAAAUCAAAAGGGUGGAGGCUAACAAGUCUUUGUCUAAGGCCAUGAAGAUAACUGUCAUCAAAGAAAAACACAAGACUAUUAUGAAACCAACUUUGUACACCUUGGAACACCUGAAUGAGAUAACCUCCCAGCCAGCACAAACACCACAGGAAAAAGCAUUCCAGUUGGCUUAUGGGAAGCAAAUCAAUGCUGCGCUACAGAGACUGCGUGAGCCACCAGAUGCAUCUAACCCCCAGGAUAACUGGAGUCUGUUUAAAUUAAUACACAACAGUCUUCAACUGAGGGCACAGAAAAGGAAUAGUCUGCAGCUAAAAAUGGAUGAAAUAAGUCCAAAGUUGUCAGCCUUAAAGAACUCAGUUAUACCAAUGCCAGGUUUAACUUCAGCUGGGCAGAUCAUAACCAUUGAAGCUGUACAAAACACUGCCCAGAUUUUACCCACCAAAACCAAACCCAAAAAACUUAUCUUCAUUGGCUCUGAUGGCAAGAAGCACCCAUACUUGUUUAAAGGCUUAGAAGAUCUACAUCUGGAUGAGCGCAUAAUGCAGUUUUUAUCCACAGUCAACAAUAUGUUUUCAUACCAUAAGAGAAGUAAUGAAAGCCGUCACCUGUAUAGGGCCCGUCACUACUCUGUGACACCACUGGGUCCCAGGUCUGGCCUUAUACAGUGGGUAGAGGGAGCCACUGCUCUGUUCAGUUUGUACAAGAAAUGGCAGCAGCGAGAAGCCGUGGCACAGACCCUGAAAUCUGUGAACAAUGUCAGUUCUGUCCCACCUCCCAUACCAAGCAUCCCCAGACCAAGCGAGGUCUUCUUCAAUAAACUCACACCUGCUCUCAAAGAAAAGGGCAUUGAUUUUGUUGACAACAGGAAAGAAUGGCCACUAAGUGUUCUGCGUAAAGUACUUGAUGACCUCAUGGAUGAAACACCAGAUGAUUUAUUAGCCAAGGAAAUCUGGUGCUGCAGCUCUGGGGCAGGGGAGUGGUGGCAGGUGACACAGUCAUACGCCAGGUCUACAGCUGUCAUGUCAAUGAUUGGCUACAUCAUUGGUCUGGGAGACAGGCAUUUGGAUAAUGUUUUGGUGGAUCUAGCCACAGGGGAGGUGGUCCACAUUGAUUACAAUGUCUGCUUUGAAAAAGGAAAAGGCUUGAGAGUCCCUGAGAAAGUACCUUUCAGAAUGACAGCCAACAUAGAAACUGCCCUGGGCCUCACUGGUGUUGAAGGGACUUUCAGAUUAGCCUCAGAACAUGUAAUGAAGACAAUGCGCAAAGGGAGAGAAUCCCUCCUGACUCUACUGGAAGCUUUUGUUUAUGAUCCUCUUGUUGACUGGACAACUGGGGGUGAUGCCGGCUACACUGGAGCCUUCUAUGGUGGGGAGCUGGCCCAGGGGGGUGGAGCUGCUGGUGACACCAGACAGAGCAAGCAGCAGAUGGAGAGGGACAUCACCACUAGCAUGUUCUCCAUCAGGUUGACGGAGAUGGACUCAGCCUGGACAAAAAACAAGUCUGACAUGCUGUCAAGUUUGCCAGUUUUAGCAGCCAGUAUUGUUGAGUGGAUGAAAACUUCAGACAAGCUGGAGACUGCAGCCACAAGCCUGGAAGGGCUCCACACCAUCCAACAGGUCCUGCUAGAUGCCCAGAGUAAUCCUCACCACUCUCUCACCACCUUGUCUGACAGAUAUUCAGAUUAUAUGGUGCUGAAAGCUACUCAAGACCAGGUCAUGUCCUCUGUUGUUGACAAAAUCACUGAGCUGAGCAACUGGCACAAAGUACACAUGAUGUCUCUGGAUAAACUACAAAGCUCGUCUUUCCAAGCCAUGUGCGCUGAGGUGUCCUCUCACUUAGAUCUGGGCACCCCAAGCUUCAGUGCUGCUUCCUCGUUCUUACAGAAUGCUGGCCAAUCACAGAUCAUCACACAGUGUGAACAACUAGAGAGUGAAAUGUGCUCCAUACUAGAGCAAAGACGCGCCCUGCUACACAAUGUGGUGAAAAUUCUCCACACCUACACUACUGUUGUAUCACAGUUUGGUAUUGCCUUCUCUGAAGACAACAGAACAUUUAAAUUUCUGGGCUGGUUGCGAGAACUGCUGAGUGAUUUCACCUCACACAAGUGUGAUGAUGUUAUGGCCUUCCAUGUUGAAAUGUACAGCCCAAGUCCAACCUCACAAGUGAACAAAGCACAGAGCAUAUUUGCUAUUGAAGCCAAGCUGCAGAACCUUCUGACAGACACCAAUGCUAAGUUGAUUAAAUUAAGAGAUCGCAGAGCUCAAGAAAGUACUGACACCAACAUACUGGGUGCUCAGGUUCAGGAAGCUGAUGAAGCCAUCAAGACCUUUGUUCGAGAGAAUGGCCUAGAAGGAGAGCGCAGUCUGAUGUCAGUGAUCGUCUCAGCUUUGUACACAUUAAACAAAAGAUACCUGCUAAUGGAGGGGGCUGCUGCAGGUGCUGGAGACAGGCUGAUGGACCUCACCUCAAGGGAUGGGGAUUGGUUUCUGGAUGAGUUGUGUAGCAUGAGCGGAAACGUCAACCAGUUUUUGGAAACUUUGAACGGUUACACUAAGAUCUGUGAGAUGACAAAUGUUAAAAACUUGCAGUACAGCUUGAGGACAACACACAAUGUUUAUGUUGCUCUGCAGGAUUUGAACAUAAAUUUCCGCUCCAUCAUCUUGCCAGAGACCUUAAAAUUGACCCAGGCUCAGGACGAGCACUUCAUCAGCAUCCUCUCCCAGCUGGAUGCUCUAAUCCACCAGAGUAACUCCUCUCUAGACGUGCUGGUCAAACAGCUGGAGCUCAUGCAUCGCAACGCCAUCAUGGGGCUGGAGGAUGAGAAACCUGAGGUGCUCAUGGAAAUAAAGCGCAUCCAGCAGGAUUUCAUGGAUCUGAUACAAAAUGGAAGCAGCCCAGCUUCUAAGCUAAGCUCUGACCAGCUGACCUCAGCUCAGAUGCUGCUGAUGGGCUUCAAUGGGCUGUUCACCAGGCUAGAAAGUGACUUUGCUGAACUGUUGGACAGUAUGGAGACCCUGGAGGUGACCUCAGUCUGGAAGAAGGUGGACACUGUCAGGGAGGCCAAAUCUUUACAGUUGUCCAACUUCAGCUCCACCACAAGACCACUGCUUGCCCAGCUCUUCUUCCUAAAGAGACUCCAAGCUAUGCAGGGUUUUUUCUUAAUGACAACACAGUUUGCUGAGGCUCUACAAGGACAUAGUGGUGGUGUUGUGUAUGAUGAGGAACAGAUGUCUAAACCAAUCAAAAGAUACAUUGCUGAUUUUGUCAGAAAACAGGUCCUUGGUUUUCCAUCUCAAGUCUUGGGCUACAUCAUCUGUGUGUUCCUGGGUGGCCUGGGGGUUAAUGUCACUGCUGAGAUUGAGCUGAAAGACAUUGGAGCUGAGCUGAAGAUGCCUUUAGACUUGCUGUGUAAGAAGGGCAUGGAGACCUGCCUCAACACUGGGCAGUUCCAGCACAGGCACCUCACACAGGUCACUGCCUUGACCAGCAACCUUGACACUGCCUGGAGGAAACUAGACCUGGCCAAACGUCUUGAUGCUCACAUCAUCUUAAUGAAAGGUCAAGUUCAGAGAUGCCAACCCCAGCUUGCCAGGUUUCAGUGGCUACAUGAAGACAUCUUUACCCAAGCUGGCAGACAGCACUCACAGAUGAUCAACCCAGCCAGAGCAGCUGUCAUGUCAGAAAUGAAAAAGACUGCACAAGCUCUUCUGUCUCAGGAGUCAGUAUUAACCUCAUGCCAAGAGAGGUAUAAUCAGAUGGAGGCAAGCAUAAGCCAGAGGUUAAGAUGGGCUGCUGGUGCUAAUCCAUCACUCAAUGUUGUACUCACAAACUUUGAACAGUCAGCAUUGUAUCGCAAAAAAUUUAUAGAGGAGGAAAACAAAAGAGUGACUGAAGCUGGGAACCUGUGUCAAGGUAUUCUGCAUCUGGAGGCUUUGAGGACACAAACAAUUGAGGCGUCUUCAUCAGACACAAGCUUCCGUCAACUCCUCAACAAGUGCUCUGAAUGUUGCAUGAUGCUGGAAUCUACCUGCAGCUCUGUUACUGAUCUGGAGCUGAGCAUCAUUAACAUACAGCCAUUAACUGAUACAGAGAAGUCCGAUUUAAACUGGAUAAAAAAAGCCAUGGAUGCAGUAGACAAUACUGUUAAAGACGCAAAGAAAAAACUGGAGCAGAUAGCUAUCAGUCUAGAAGAGUGUCAGAGAAACAUCAAAGAAUCUGUGUCAGUGAUUAAAGUCCAUCUGUCCAGUCACCACAAACUCAUGUCAGACAUCAGGUCCAUUCUAAAAACUCUGGCUAAGUUGGAGGAACAAGAUUACGGAGAGGAAGUCCAGCCUGGGGGGAUCAGAGAUUAUUUAGCCCACUACAAAACCUUCUCAGAGAAGAUCACAGCCAUCCUGAAAACUGUGGUCAGUGAUAUGACCACCAGAGAUGAGAUGUCACAGAGUGUUGCUGACCUAGAGGAACUGAGGACACAGCUUGAUUUGAUCUAUGACAGUUUGUCAGAGUUUGCUCCAUCUAUAAUGAGCACGAGCAUGACAUUGGAGCAGCAGAAUGACCCAGCCUCAGGGGACGUAGACAACAAGAAGCUCCUGGACCCAGCAGUCCGGGCCAUAAUACAGACCAAAGAAAGGGACUCACCACCUUUACAGAACCUCAACAGUCCCAUCAAUCAGAGCACUGGUGUCAAGUUGCAAGCAAAGAAAGAGAAGGUUUCAAGGGAUCCCAAGACAGGAAAAGCUGUCCAAGAAAGAAAUUCCUAUGCUGUUGGAGUGUGGAGGCGGGUGAAAAUGAAACUAGAAGGCAGGGAUCCUGAUCCUAACAAAAGAAUGAGCAUAGCCGAACAGGUUGAUUACAUAAUCAAGGAAGCCAAAAAUCUGGACAAUUUGGCUGUUCUCUAUGAAGGCUGGACACCGUGGGUAUGAGUUGGACAAGCACAGGCCAGACAUGGCAUUACGAGGAUACAUAGUCUAACAAGCAGAAGACAAGGGAGACAACCCAUUGUCCUUCAGCAAAGAUUUGAAAGGAAGAGUUAAUGCAUCAUGUGCGACAUUGACCCCCUGAUAUCCUACACAAAACUUGUGAGGCCAUCAAGCUAGGGAGCUGCGGUGCACAUUAUGAUUAUCAUGCGAUGAGAAGGUUGAACUGAGACAUGAACAGGGCCGGGGAUACUAGCACAAGCAAGUUGGUAACUGCCUUGACUCCAUUGUGGGUGAAUCUUCCGUAGCAUUGGGGAAAAAGAUAUUGAAGAUAAAAACGUGCAUGGUAUGCCUCCAAGCAAAAACACUCUGGGUCUGUCCGAUAGGCCCAAAUCAAAGAGUGGCUUUGGGGGAAACCAGCACAGCAAGUCUCUUAAUAACAUCUUUUUCCUCCACUAUCAUAUCUGUUGAAAAAUAUAAGUGCUGUUGUUGGUUAUUUUUUUUUUAAGGGGGGGUGUGAAAGUUCAGCUGGAAGUCCUAAUUACAAUAAUGGGGACUUAAUAUUGAGCUAUAGAUUGUUAUUACAUAUCCUGUCUAAGAGACUGUCCCAGGUUAAGUAAACACCCAAAUGAGAUGUUACUUUUUUUUUUUGCUUUUUUUUUUUGUUUUAAUGUUGUUGAACAUGUGCAGUAAAACUUGAUUGAACUACACACAUGUAGUGUUGAAUCAGUUCAUUUUUUUCAAACAUUUUUCGGUUGCAUCUAAUAUUAAUAAUUAUAAUUUUCUUACAGCUUUAUUAAGCUAAUAUCGUAGAUUAAAUAAAAACUAAUACAGUGUAUUAAAAUAUAGUCAAAAUAGGUCCAACAAUUAUCAAUAUGGUUCAUAAUUUUAGUCAAUCUUUUUUUUUAUAGUGUAUGUUAACAGAAGUAUUUUUUUUUAUUUGGAGUAACUUUAUGAUUUUAUUUAAGAAAGUUUAGACGUGAUUUAUAGAAACUUAUUUUAUAAACAGCCAGGUUUUGAUUUUGAACCCUAAAGUAAUGUUUCAAUAUUUGUUUUGCUGAUGUAGCAUUCCCUGCUUAUUUCAUAGACUGCUUACAGUUAAACUGUCAGGGAAGGCUAAAGAAUUUCAUAUCUGAAACUCAUAGGUCUUAAUCUAAUAAAGUAGUAAUUACCCUGAUUGCGUUUUUUUUUUAAUAUUCAAAUAUUCCAAUGCUUACUGCAUGUUUAAUUCCUGAUGUGCUAUUCUUCAUUGUUAAUUCCUGCUUCAUAAUUAAUUAUUUUUUUCGUAAUUUAAUUUUAAUUUAAAAAAUUUUGUUUUCAAAGGAGAUACCUUAAAUUUUCCAACCCCUUGGCAUUGAAGAUCUCCUGAUUUCUAAACCUGGCAUCACUUGAUCUGAUACAAAUAUUGAAAGGUGUUUGAAUUCAGAUGUGUGACAGUAUAAUCACUUAACAUGAAAUAAAAAUCAUUUGAAAACUAAAAGUGAAAUGUUUUGAUGAACUUAAUCACUCUCUGACCCCAACCAUCCAGUUUUCCCUUUAGUAUUCUUUUACCUUUUCCUAUUUUGUUGAAUGUUCAAAUAUUAUCACUGUUCCUUACAACAAAAACAGGUUGAAGCUCAGCUCAUGUUUGUAGUUUAAUGUUCAUUUGAUGCCAAAUUCUCCUAUAGAAUUGAGAAGAAAAAACUUGCUUCUACUUCAGUUGAUGUAGUUUUUCUAAAUUUUUCAUGGAACAUUUAGCUAUUAAUUCGCCAUUUUUAACAGGUAUAUUAACACCUGAAAUCUAGCUUAAUUUUCUCAUUCGUUAUUUUUAAUUACCCAUUACACAGGUCUUAGUACACCUUGCAUUAGCCAUUAUAACAGGUCUAGCUACACAUAAAAUCUAGUAAAUUUGUAUUAAUAAAACACUGAUACAUUUUCUAGAUGAAAUUUGGUGUUAGACAAUACAUGAAGCCUUAACAAUUUUAUUUUGUAUCAAGUCAGUGUAUUUUAAGUUUAGGAUCAUUUUAGUAAACAUAACCUAUCUACAGAGAUUACAGUAGUUAUAUCUUUAAGUCAGUCUGAUAACUAAUUGAAAUAAUUGUUUUUUAAUUAAGCUUGUUUAUGAACAAUUAUUUUUCAUGAAAAUAAAAUAAUUUUUUUUUUAAAAUUUAACACACAGCCAAAGUUAAAUAUUCAGAUGAAUUUUUUUAUAUGCUUUAAAGUUACUGUUUACUUAAUUUGUUUAUUAUUUCAGUUGUUUAUUAAAUUUAAGAGAGGUCAAAAGUCAAUGUAACACAAAUACAAAGUAUAGCCUGCUCUCUGCUUACUACAGUUUUUCAUUAUCUUAUUUGUAUUCUGUAACCAUGUAAUUAGUGUUGUGGCAAUUAAAAUUUGAACU